AUGCCUUCUUCUGUCGAGGACGAGCUCUGCAAGGGCUUCGUAGCCCUCCCAUUCCACGACGACUUCUCCGGGGAGCCCAUCCCCAUGACACCCAUCACCACCAAGGCCCUCCGCAACGGCCUUGAAUCGCUUCCUCAAGAAAUGUACGAUAUGAUCUACAACCACGUCUUCCACAUCGAGCCACACUCGGAGGUCAUCACCAAGGCAUACAAACCGCCCAUCCAGCUCCAGAUCAGCAGCAAGACUCGUGCGCGCGCCAUGCAAUCGUACUACGGUGCAAACGCGGUCUGGGUGUUUGAGAAUCCCGACGAAGCAAAGUAUCUCAUUCACAGCUGGUUUGCUUCGCUGCCGCCAGCUGUUGAGAACUAUUUCAGGGCUAGAUGCGUGAAUGGGACGUGCCAGUGGCACUUUCAUGAAGGAGGUUGGGCUUUGCACGUCUAUCAGCUCAAGCAGACCGGCAGGACGAAGCCUUUCCUAAUCGAAGGGCUCUGGCUGCACUGA